AUGACCUCUUGGAACACCAUCGCUGCCGUCAAGGCUAGCGGGCAGCUUCGCAAUGUUACGGCGGAGUCCCUUGCCUGCAUCGAUGCCCGUACCGGAAACCGUAGCUCCAGAUUCGCCGGUCCAGUUGCUCUCGAGAGAUUUGGCGACAAUGCUCUCUUCCGGGUAGCAGUCAAGAACGACGACGGAACAAGGAACAAGAUGGUAUUCUGUUUGCCGCCGGACUCUCAGUGGACUGCGGAAACUCCCAAGAAAGUCAUCAGCCCGAAUACAAGAAGCAAAGCAGUCAAGAGCAUUGUGCGUCUAGGAAGGGACAACUCCGAAGGCUUUGAUAAGCUGACAAUCGUCAUGCCAUGGGAUGGAGAACAUGGCCAGUCGAUGCUCUUUGCCAACGGUCUAAUCUUUGCUUCGAACGUCGUUUAUGACACGACCAUGCAAGCCGAGCGAGUGCAAGAGUAA